UUGCGUAACUGGCUUGUGGUAAAUGUAGCACAACCUAAACUGACACUAGCAUUGCUGGGUUUGUAACCACCCUCGGUUGGGCCCCGCGAAAUUCAUUGGCCAAAUCCAACGUCGCUUCCUCGACUGUGAAAAAGUGAUUGGACGACACGCGUACAUUCCCGCCACUGUCAAGCUCAAACGUUCUAGAAACGCCCACUGGUGCUAAGGUUAGUCGGCGCGAAAGAGACGCUGGUGUUGAGGUGUUCCACAUGGGUCGGAUGAAAUGCGCCUUGUUAGAUAGAAGAGAGAAUACAUUGUUGUGUUAUGUAGGGAAUAAUCGCAUUUUUACAACAUCCAAUCUGCGUUGAAGUAAAGGUCACUGCUGACGUUCUUUGUCUCAAGAGAUUAUGAGUUCGCCCGAGAAUCCUGACCUCGCCCUCAAAGAAUUCACUUUCGAAGAAAACAAAGGCACACUGCACUCCCUCACUGUAUCAAUCCCAGAGGUACUGGACCCUCAGUAUGGCAUGUACGUCUGGCCGUGUGCCGUCGUUCUGGCCCAGUACGUCUGGACCCAGCAGGAGAAGAUCCAGCACAAGACUGUCCUUGAGCUCGGUGCGGGAGUGAGCCUGCCCGGCGUCGUCGCUGCCAGGUGUGGUGCCGCCGUGAUCCUCUCGGACAGCGCCGAGCUCCCCCGUUGCCUUGACAACUGCCGGCGCUCCUGCGAGGCGAACGGUCUGCGGGGGGUGAGCGUGGUGGGCCUGACCUGGGGCGAGGUGUCGCCCGACCUCAUCGCACUCCCUCUACUGCACGUCAUCCUCGGAUCGGAUGUCUUCUACGAACCGGAAGACUUCGAGAACGUACUUGUGACCGUCUCCUUCCUCCUGAGGAAGAACCCGGAAGCCCAGUUCUGGACCACGUAUCAGGAGAGGAGUGGGGACUGGUCCAUCGAGGCCCUGCUGCACAAGUGGAGGCUGAGCUGCAGAUUUGUCCCGCUGGACGCGUUCGGCGCUCAGGGCAGCCAGAUCGCCCGGUCCGCUCUACCCGGCAGCCACACCAUCCAGAUGAUGGUCAUCACCGCCCGAGAGACGGAGCAGCUGAGGAAGUGACGUCAUCGCCGCCCGAGAGACAGAGCUGCCGAGGAAGUGACGUCAUCGCCGCCCAGGAGACAGAGCCGCCGAGGAAGUGACGUCAUCGCCGCCCAGGAGACAGAGCCGCCGAGGAAGUGACGUCAUCGCCGCCCGAGAGACAGAGCCCCCGAGGAAGUGACGUCAUCGCCACCCGAGAGAGCCGCCGAGGAAGUGACGUCAUCGCCGCCCGAGAGACAGAGCCACCGAGGAAGUGACGUCAUCACCGCCCGAGAGACGGAGCAGCCGAGGAAGUGACGUCAUCGCCGCCCGAGAGACAGAGCCGCCGAGGAAGUGACGUCAUCGCCGCCCGGGAGACAGAGCCGCCAAGGAAGUGACGCGUCAUCGCCGCGGUAGUGACGUCAUCGCUGUGUGCCGCAGAGGGCGUGUUUGCGUCUUCCGGUAGCGGCGCACAGCGCUGGCUUAAAGCAAUGCAUGCUGGGACUUGACAUGAUGCACGCACAUGCAAGGGAGCUCCAGCGUGAUGACAUCAUCCCUUUGACGGCAGGGGACACCGCAGUGAUGUCAUAACUGCCCAAGAAAAGACCCAAUAGGGGGCACCUGUGAUGUCAUCAUUCAUCACUAAGUGGAGGGCAGCUUAGUGAUGUCAGAGACUAUAACUGGGCCCGAGUGAGAAAGCGCCUUCUGUGUGAAUGUAACGAAAUAUAAUCUAAAUAUUUUUUUAUUUUUGUUGAAAAUGUGGCAUCUUCCUGAAUGUAACUCAAUACAAUGCAAACAGAGGGAAAUGGCAAUGUGUGUAUUUUUCCAUCACAGGAAUGGGGUUUAGUGUAAAGCACUUUUUUUUUUUUAAAGUGUAUGGUUAAAUGAAACCUGAUGGGGUUACUGGCUUAGCCCAGUAGCUGCAGAUCUUCAAAAGAAUACUUAAAUUUAACUUACCCAGAGGUUAAUCACUAAACCACAUACAGUACAGGCCAAAAGUUGACACACCUUCUCAUUCAAUGCGUUUCCUUUAUUUUCAUGACUAAUCGUUUUGAUGUAAAUAAUGAACACGUGGAAUUAUGUACUUACCAAAAAAGUGUGAAAUAACUGAAAACGUCUUAUAUUCUAGUUUCUUCAAAGUUGCUAUUU